CAGCAGCAACAGAAGAACCUGAGGUGAUUCCAGAUCCAGCUAAACAAACAGAUCGAGUGGUGAAAAUAGCAGGAAUAAGUGCUGGAAUUCUGGUAUUCAUCCUACUUCUCCUUGUUGUCGUAUUGAUCGUCAAAAAAAGGAGGAGCUACUAUUCUUACUCCUACUAUCUCAAACUUGCAAAGAAACGCAAGGAUGCCAUGGGGACCACCCGCCAGGAGAUGACGCACAUGGUGAAUGCUAUGGACAGGAGUUACGCUGACCAGAGCACCCUGCAUGCAGAGGAUCCCCUUUCAAUCACAUUUAUGGACUCUCAUAACUUCAGCCCCAGAUGUAAGUAUGACAGAGAUGGAUACUCUGGACUGCAGGUGAAUACAGAAACUCUAGUUUCUAAGGAAGAUUUUUUGCCCAAUGAUCCACUUGUGCCGACAGCUGUGUUAGUGCCUAUUACUGAUGAAAAUCACAGUGCGACAGCAGAGUCCAGCCGGCUCCUGGAUGUCCCUCGUUACCUCUGCGAAGGCACAGAAUCCCCGUACCAGACUGGGCAGCUGCACCCUGCCAUCAGGGUGGCUGAUCUCCUGCAGCAUAUUAACCUAAUGAAGACCUCUGACAGCUAUGGAUUUAAAGAGGAGUAUGAGAGUUUCUUUGAGGGGCAGUCAGCUUCUUGGGAUGUCGCUAAGAAGGAUCAAAACAGAACAAAGAACCGCUAUGGAAACAUUAUAGCAUAUGACCACUCCAGAGUGAUUUUGCAACCUGUUGAAGAUGAUCCAUCUUCAGAUUACAUUAAUGCCAACUACAUAGAUGGAUAUCAGAGACCAAGUCACUACAUUGCAACCCAAGGUCCAGUUCACGAGACUGUGUAUGACUUUUGGAGAAUGAUAUGGCAGGAGCAAUCAGCUUGUGUUGUGAUGGUGACAAAUUUAGUGGAAGUUGGAAGAGUCAAGUGUUACAAGUACUGGCCUGACGACACAGAAGUUUAUGGGGACUUCAAAGUGACUUGUGUAGAGGUGGAGCCCCUUGCGGAGUAUGUCGUCAGGACCUUCACUCUGGGAAGGAGGGGCUAUAAUGAAAUCCGUGAAGUUAAACAGUUUCAUUUCACUGGCUGGCCAGAUCAUGGAGUUCCUUACAAUGCCACAGGCCUACUUUCCUUCAUACGGAGAGUCAAAUUAUCGAACCCUCCUAGUGCGGGGCCUAUUGUUGUCCAUUGCAGUGCUGGUGCUGGACGGACAGGUUGUUACAUUGUGAUCGAUAUCAUGUUAGAUAUGGCAGAAAGAGAAGGUGUUGUGGAUAUCUACAACUGUGUCAAAGCCUUACGGUCCCGUCGCAUCAACAUGGUACAGACAGAGGAGCAGUACAUCUUUAUUCAUGAUGCCAUUCUAGAAGCCUGCCUGUGUGGAGAAACUGCCAUUCCUGUCUGUGAAUUCAAAGCUGCUUAUUUUGAUAUGAUUAGAAUAGACUCUCAGACAAACUCUUCGCAUCUCAAAGAUGAGUUUCAGACCCUGAAUUCUGUGACCCCUCGCCUGCAAGCGGAGGACUGCAGCAUAGCCUGCUUGCCAAGGAACCAUGACAAGAACCGCUUCAUGGAUAUGCUGCCACCUGACAGAUGUCUGCCUUUCUUAAUUACUAUUGAUGGGGAGAGCAGCAACUACAUCAAUGCUGCUCUUAUGGACAGCUACAGGCAGCCAGCAGCUUUUAUUGUCACGCAACAUCCGUUACCAAACACUGUGAAAGAUUUCUGGAGAUUAGUGUAUGACUAUGGCUGUACUUCUCUUGUGAUGUUAAAUGAAGUCGACUUGGCACAGGGUUGCCCGCAGUACUGGCCUGAGGAAGGGAUUCUGCGGUACGGUCCCAUCCAAGUGGAGUGCAUGUCAUGUUCAAUGGACUGCGACGUCAUAAACCGAAUUUUCAGGAUAUGCAAUCUAACAAGACCACAAGAGGGCUAUCUGAUGGUGCAGCAGUUCCAGUAUUUGGGAUGGGCUUCUCACAGAGAUGUACCAGCUUCCAAGAGGUCCUUCUUGAAGUUAAUUCUCCAGGUUGAAAAAUGGCAAGAGGAAUGUGAAGAAGGGGAGGGUCGGACCAUCAUCCAUUGCCUAAAUGGCGGUGGCCGGAGUGGGAUGUUCUGUGCCAUCGGCAUUGUGGUUGAGAUGGUCAAAAGGCAGAACGUGGUGGACGUUUUCCACGCUGUGAAGACUUUGCGGAACAGUAAGCCCAACAUGGUAGAAACUCCGGAACAAUAUCGCUUCUGCUAUGAUGUUGCGUUGGAGUACCUGGAAUCCUCUUAGUCGGAAUGGAUGUGACAAAGUUCACCAAAUAUAUGAAUCUCAAUAAGCUGUUUUGACAACAGUUCUUGAUCCUGUGAAGAAAGAUUUUAGGGGAAGAGGGGGGUGGGAGGGAUUUUAAAUUUUAAAUGCAAAGUAUUUUUCUUAUGAAGUUGUGUAUCUUAAUAAAAGAACUCAAUCUGUUUCUAUGCUUGUAUACAGUAUCAACAUUUAGUGCCACAUAAAUACUAUUUAAUGAAAACCAGAGUCAGAAGAGAUUUGCGCAAAUUAGGACUUUUCAGUGUUUGUAUAUGCAGCCGUCUCUCAGUUACAGUAGAGCGACCAUCUAUUGCAUGUAUCAAUAUUUCCUAUAUGGUAUUAAUUUUUUUCUGUUUUUUUUUCUUUUGAUACAUUGUUGAAGUACAAUAACAGUGCAGAUUGAUAGUAAGGUUCAUUCUUUAUACGUUUCAAGUGUUGCAUAUAUAUAUUAUAUAUAGUAAAAAAAACAACCUGGCUUAUUUUGUUUUAAUGUGCAAUGAUGGCUGGAUCACAUAAAGAUCUUUAUAAAGAAACUUAAACAUAAGCCAAAGACUCAAGUGUAAAUAUGUCUAUAUGGAGAAAGCACAUGUAUUUAUUGUUUACUUUCAUUCCUUUUUUGAUGGCUGAUAAAAGAAUCAUUUUUCUUGAAGAAAGCUUUUUUUGCUGAAAUCAAGUGUAAACAAUUUUUGUAGUUUAUUUUUUGUAUGUUUUAGUGUAAGUAGAAGACAUACUUUUUAUGCAUAGACCAAGAAAUAUUGGUAUAGUGGUUUUGUUGUGUACAUGCUUGUGAUUCAAAUCCAUGUAAACAACUCAGUUAUAGAAGGUCUUUAACUACAGGACCAAAAUCACAUUUUCCUGAAAAUGUAUAGUUUUUCACAGUUGCAUUAGUUAAGUACCCAUCAAAAACCCUAUAUAAGGAAGGGCACACAUCAAAAUGGCCUUGCUUAUGACUUGCACAAUAUGGGAAGAAAUUUUUAAGCACCAUUAAAAUUAUAAGGGAACCAAUUGUUUAAAAAAAUACUGAAACACAGGUCAACAGGAAAACUGACGUACAAAUAGAUGGCUCUGCAUAUGUCCUUCAGGGUAAAAAAAUUAUUUGUUUAGCACAUUGUAAAAUUAAGCAAUGUUUAUUUUGAUGUUUACAAACAUGUAAGCUUUGCUUCCAGGAAAGCAAAAUUUGAAUAAACCAAUGCCAGAUUCUGAUUAUAGCUGCGGUGUACAAAAUAUUACUGUGCUUUCACUUAGCUUGUAUCCAUUUGUUCAUGAGGUUUCCUAUAUUUUGCCAGCUAAAAUCAUUCCAGUCUCUUGUUGGUCUUUUUUAGAACUGACAGUAAAAUGCUAAGGUGCUUUUAAAUAGUCUGUAAAGUAAGAGUGAAUUAAACUUUUAUUU